AUGCUGAACACAGCCCGGCCGCGCCCCCCGGCCCCGCCGCCGCUGCCGCCCGGCGCCCUCCACGGCCUCUACGCCUGGCUGGACGCGCUGCCGCUAAGCCGCCGCAAGCGCCACCUGGCCCGGGACUUUAGUGACGGCGUGAUGCUGGCGGAGGUCGUGAAGCUCUUUCGCCCCCGGAUAGUGGACCUGCACAACUACGUCCCCACCUGCAACACUGGCCAGAAGCGCAGCAACUGGAACGUUCUCAACAGGAAAGUCUUCCACAAGCUGGGUCUCAGUGUCUCAGAGGAAGAGAUCCGAAAGGUGGUCGUCAACACCCCUGGGGCCGUUGAGCCCAUCCUGUGUGCAGUGAGGGACAAGGUGGAGGCCGGUGAGGACCCACCCGGCACGGCUGGACACAAGCGCUCAGGUCCAGGCCGUGCUGCCUCCUCCAGGGAGCCCGUCCCCCUGCCCGUCUGUGACGGGGAGACGCCCGCAGGCCUGCGGACAAGGAUUGGGUCAGCCCCUCCUGGGAGUCUCAGGGCCCAACGCUGGAGCCCCUUGCAGGAAGCAGGACGCUCCAGUGGUGACGCUGGCCUGCGGAGCCCCUUGGCGCGCUCUGGGGUGGAGACCCACUGGAGUCAGAGAGCUCCGGAGAAGAUGGGCCACUAUGCAUGCAGAGGUUGCCCAGCCGGGGAGCCCUGGCACCACCUGGACCCUGGGCUGCCGCAGCGGCUGCUGGAAGAAAAGGAGCAGGCGCUGGCAGUCCUGCAGGAGACCAUCAAGGUUCUGCAGAUGAAGGUGGCCAGGCUGGAGCACCUGGUGAAACUGAAGGAUCAGCAGAUCGGAGCGCUCAUGCGACAGGGGGACCAGCCCCGGGGAGGGGGUACUCCGGGGCCUGAAGGGCCCCCUCCCCUGUCCACCAGACUCCAACCCCGAGCCCACAUGGAAAUCCCCUAGACUGGGUGUUUCUGAGUGGCCACGCACUGUCCAUCAGACUCAGAGUGCCGAGGAGGGCCCGAGCCAGCGUGUCCACAAGCAGAGCCCUGGCCCCUCCUGACUGCACAUCCCGGGUGCCCAGCCAAUGCGGCCUGAGGUUCCCCUGCUGCCCCCAUCCCCCUGCCGCCUCCCCCACCAAGACCAGUUUGGAUAUGAAGACGGGCCUGGUUCCCUGGAGCC